AUGUCUACAAAAGAAACGAACUCGAAGACUCUAGUUGGUUUUUCUUUUGCGAGUGGUCGCAGUUUGCCCGCUUUCUCAGAUAAAGAUCUUCAAGCGGCGCGCGCUCUCUUAGAUCAAGACGACCCGGUCAUAGAUGACGCGAUCUCGCCGUCUGAAUUACGAGUGAAUGGGAGAAGAACAGAACCAAUUUUCUCGGAUUUUGCUUCUACAGAAAUAAAUCACGAACAAUUGGGUUCGAGACCUGGAAACGCGUCCAAGACUGUCAUCAAAUGCGGCUUUUCUUGUGCGAGUGGUCGUAGUUUACCUGCACCUUCGGCAGAGGCAUUGGAGAAGGCUCAUAACCUUGUAAAUAAUCAAUCUUUUGCAAUUGCAAAAGAUACGAUCGAUGGUAAGGAUAUGGGAGAUAGAAUUCGCGUAAAGAAGAGAAGCCUUAUCGAUGCGAAUAUACAAGAGAUAAAUACAAAAAUACCGUCGAUGAAGCGUAUCACUACAAAAACAGUCAACACCGAAGACUAUCCUCAACGUACACACCCAAAGAAUGUUGGUGGCAACUCUUACGUAUGUCAAAGUAGGAAAUCACUUAACCGAUUGCAUCCGUACUCGCUACAAUCCGCAAGUAAACUUUUGCCCAAAACCCUUGCUCUCCCACCCGAGGCUAAACGAAAACUAUCGCUUUUUAAUCUUAAUUGUAAGUUGGUCGUCCGUUGA